UCUGGGCUUGCCAAGGUGUUGUGGCAGUUGCGUUCAACGUCAACACGAAAGAGGACAAUCUUAGGGGCUUAUCUGGCGUCUGUGCGCUGGCUGAUCGCGGCUAAAUCUUCGAUAACUUUUGACGGGAGGACGCGUGCAGCAGGAGCAGGCGAAGGCACAGAGACUGGUCGUCAAGGGAAAGCCAAAACAAGAUGGCCAAGAGUAUUCGGUCGAAGGUGAAGAAGAGGAACAGGACGGAGAUGCGCAAGAACGUAGGCGACCCCCACCAGCGGAAGCUGCAGGCACGCUGCACCGCGAAGAUCCAGAAGUCCGUCGCGUUUAGCGCAGGCGAGAGCGUGACGAAGCUCAAGGGCAUGCUGACCGCGGCGCAGGCGGCCAACCCGCCUUCCAAGGAGGUUUCCAAGAGCGGGUUCUCUUUCCGGCACCCUGACGCGCCCCCUCUGUUCGACGACGAUAAUGACGAAGCGACGGCACCGGCGCCGUCCCCGUCGCGAAACGCCCGCGGCCGCACCCGAGGGCGAGCGAGGAGCCUCUCCGACGCCGAGGCCUCCAUGGUCGACGAGGACACGGCCAUGGGAGAUGCUGGCGAGGAGGAUGCUGGCGGGGGACCCGCGGGCGGCGGGGGGGGGGACGGGGUCAGUGGGGGUGCAAAGGGCGGCGAGGGUGGACGAAACACGGCCUCUGAACUGGAUGACCUAGAAGCUGGUCAUGAUCCUUGCGUUUGCUGUGGCAAGCCAGAUAUGCCAUGGGUUGAAUGGGCAUCCCGGGUGUGUAACUUGCCUGACGUAACCUGAUGGAGUGUGUGUGUAUCGCAGGUGUUCUCUUUUUCUAUUUUAAUGUGGCAGCAGUAGUGGUGGACGAUGUGCUACAAUAUCAUACGCACCUUUUCUCUUUUUUAUAGCUACUCGGUCGAUUAGCUGCUGGAUUGUUGUCCUUGACGACAGCAGUGUGCCAUACCUAGUUUGCACGUUUACCCGCAACAAUAAUAGUAAGAACGAAUGGGGCUACCGUGUGUAUGAGAGUUGAUUCCGAAGAGGGUGGACGUCGCUAUUUGCAGAGAACAUUAAAUGCCGCUGAGAAAACGUGCGAAGUGCGUGAUUGAUUCUUAUUGGCCAACACCGAAGCGCGGCUGAAUUCUGAUUGGCCAAACGGUGCGAGAAUAUUACGUCGUCUUGAAGCGGCGGCGUGAUCCACGCUGGCUAUCACCCCCCCCUGUUCCUUUGGCCGGUGCGUGGAUGAUUGAUAGUCGUAAUGUAUGCAGUUACCCGGUGAGAGUGGCUUUAUCGUGGUGUUGGAACUUCAAACGUUGUUCCUCUUGCAACGAUUCAGCCCUUCGCGGAGUAAACCUUUCGUCGUGUUACCAAGCUUCAGUGGUUCGUCCGCCGGUGGAUGGUGGCUGGGCAACAGGCCAGACGCGACAACAUUCCGCCACUGCUGUGUCGACGAACAGCGCGUAUGUAUCUCCUUCGAAAACAUUUUCCUCCGCCGUUUUCUUGCAACGGGGCGUUCUG